AUGAAUCUGGAAGCUGUACUGAGGAUCGUUAGCCCGCACUUUCUCAAUCUGUCAGAGCGGGUUUUCGCGUACGGUCCUCAGGGUAAACUGCUGCUUAGGAACCUCGAGGAGCACUGGUUCGCGCAUUGUGUCACGAUGGCGCGUCACAAUGUGUUCCCGUGUGACUCGAUUGCCGACACGUUGCAGCUUUUGCGGAGCAAUUCGAUGGACGAGCCACUACCGUUCGCGCUCGCUACGCUCGCCACGAUGUCGAAGAACGCGUGGAACGAGUCUCUGUUGUCGGCUAGAAUAUCGUCCCAUAAAAUCGCUAAGAUCAACUUGAUCGUCGAUGCGUCCGAGUCAAAAAGUCUGCUGCACAAAAAGCAGCGAGAGCGCAAGGUUUGGUGGCGCAAGCUCUCCCAGUGCCCCUCGAGAUUUGUGCUCGCCGAGGCGAGGAAAGCGAGAAAUGUCGACGUAACGGAAAUAGAAGCUCAGUUUCCCUUUGGAAAUAUCACUGUAGAGACGAUUACUUAUUAUCCUGGCAUACGCAAAUUAUAUCCUCAGACUGAAAGCAAUAAGAAUAAUGCUGCGGAUAUGCAUAUGAUCGAACAUGUCACUUCUUUGGACUGGGGCUGUCUGGCGUUACUCUGCGAUAGUUACAUGUUUGAUAAAUCAACUAUUGCUUGUAUACAUCCCAAGUUAUCUCCAUAUAAAACUACAGUCCACAUAGAAAAACAAGACAAUGAGACUGAUAUAGACUUAAAUCGCUUUGUACUACAUGUAAACAAUAUGUUUAGGACGAAGGGAAUAUCAACUAUUUUAACUAAUACAGAAAAAACAAUAGAAAUGUGCCUAAUACCGUUCGUCGUGUCAGUGGAUAAGACUAGUCUUAAGAAUGGCAUUGUUUAUGUAAAAAACCGCUCAACGACUCUUAAAGAAGCCGUUCAUAUUUCUGAUUUGGUAAAGUAUAUUACCCUACAUUCUUCUUGAAUCGCCGAAAUAACACAUUUACACAAGAUAAUAUUUUUUUUCUAAAUGUUUUACAAAUAUUCAAACAGAAAGAAAAUCCAUAUUUCUUCUAAGGAAUAAAUUUUCUAAAAAUUUAUAAUAUA